AUGGAUGAUUUCUCCUCUUGCACCCAGAUCAGUUACUUUGCCACUGGCCCAGUGACAAGUGACAGGUCUCAGUUCCUGUCUUUCUUCCGCACCAUCCCCAGCAACAGGCUCCAGGCCCUUGGCCUGGCUCGGUUAGUGGUCCACUUUGCCUGGACGUGGGUUGGCCUGGUCACGUCAGACUCUGAAUACGGGAAGCAAGGCAUUGAGAUUGUGCAAGAGGAGUUUGCCAGGAAGGGGGUGUGCAUUGCCUUCUCACAACUGCUCCCUGCAUCGCCGAACAUGCCUGACAUCAUGAACGCCGCUAAAGUGGUUACAGAAUCUCGUGCCCACGUCAUUGUCACCUUCUGUGGGUUUGAGGCUCAACCUCUGCUGAUGCAGCUGUACCGUCAGGGGAUGUCAGGGAGGGUGUGGCUCUGCUCUGAAGCCAUGAGCCACAUCACCAUCUUCAGGAACCAGAAAGCCUUGCUGAUGUUUAACGGUUCGCUGUCCAUCGCAUCUCGCAAAGAGCAAGUCCCAGGCCUUCGGGACUUCAUAGUCCAGCUCCACCCUUCUAGUUCCCCGGAAGACAUUUUCAUCCAGGAGUUCUGGAGCAAAAUCUUCAAUUGCUGGUGGAACACAAGCUCUGUGGAGUUGGCAAAUGGCUGCAAUCGCUGCACGGGGAAUGAGAGCUUGCGGGACGGCACCAACCCCUUCAUCAAUAUGAUGGGUUUCGGCUUGUCCUUCAACGUCCACAAUGCUGUCUACGCCAUUGCCCACGCCCUGCAUAACAUGGCACAAGGUGAGCCAAGAGGGCGGAAGAGGACCUUUGCAUACAGGGCUCAAGUGGGAACUCCUGGGUUCAAGCCUUGGCAGCUGCUUCAGUACCUGAGGAAAGUCCAUUUCCAGAACAAAGUGCGCGAGGAAGUUUCCUUUGACCAACACGGCGACCCCCCGGCCCUCUUUGACAUCCUCAACACACGCAUCCCCUCCGCAGACAAUAUCAACGUUGUGCGCGUGGGGCAGAUUGUGUUCAGCCCUUCCCAAGGCGAAGACCUGAAGGUGAAUGACAGCGCCAUCAUGUGGACCGGAGGGAGCAUAGAGAUCCCCAUCUCAGUCUGUACACCGAGCUGCUCCAUGGGCUACCGCAGAUCCCACCGCUCUGGCGAGGCUACUUGCUGCUUCAACUGUAUACCAUGUGCCAAGGGGGAGAUUUCAAACCAGACCGGGGCCAGCCUGGCCACUGCCUCCAUCUGCGGCUCCUUCCUGCCCGUCUUGAUCCUCGCCGUUUUCGUUGCCCACCAAGAGACCCCGCUGGUUCGGGCCAACAGCCGGGAGCUCAGCUACCUCCUACUGGUAGGGCUGGCCCUCAGCUUCUUCGGCUGCCUGCUGUUUCUUGGACGGCCCACACCCAGGGCCUGCUUGUUGGGCCAAGUUGCCUUUGGGCUGACCUUUGCCCUCUGCCUCUCCUGCAUCCUGGCCAAGACGCUGGUGGUGGUGGCAGCCUUCAGGGCCACCAGCCCCGGCGACCACAUGAGGCUGUGGCUUGGCCCCCGGAUGCCCCGUGCUGUAGUCCUGCUGGGCUGCCUACCCCAACUCCUGCUGUGCGCCACGUGGCUAGCGGCCUCCCCUCCCUCCCUCAGGAGAGACUCGCACACCAUUCCACACGCCAUCACCCUCUUUUGUGACGAAGGCUCGCCCGUUGCAUUCUGGGGCAUGUUGGCCUAUCUGGGCCUGCUGGCAGGACUCAGCUUGAUGGGGGCUUUCUUGGCGCGGAAUCUCCCCGAUGCCUUCAAUGAGGCCUGGCUGAUAUGUUUCAGCUUACUGGGGUGCCUUGGGGUGUGGCUGGCAUUUGUCCCGGCCUAUCUCACAUCGAGAGCAUGGUAUGCCGCAGCUACAGAGGCCUUUGCUAUCCUAGCCUCCAAUUCAGCCUUGCUCUGUGGGAUGUUUCUCCCCAAGUGUUACAUCUUGUUGUGGUACCCCGAGCUGAAUACCAGAAGAUUCCUCAUGCAGAGGGAAAAACGCACCGGCAUUUAA